AUGUACUGCAAUUAUGGCGUUUCACUACCCAGUAGCGAUCGCCUCCGCAUCUCCUUCCUCCCAUCAACCCGACCUGACCCACUUCCCAAAACUAUCUCUUUUCCCACCUCCAUAGCCUUCCGGGUCGGACACGGUCGAGCCAUUAAACUCGUUAAAUCCACCGGUAACGAUACACAUUCUCUCUCCUCAGAGCAUCCCUCCAGUUUCUACGACUUAUUUGGCAUACCCGAGACGAGCACUUUGAUUGAGAUCAAACAAGCGUACAAGCAGAUGGCCCGGAAGUACCACCCGGAUGUAUCCCCGCCGGGUCGGAUGGAAGAGUAUACUCAGCGAUUCAUUCAGGUACAGGAAGCCUACGAAACGCUGUCGGAUCCUGGAAGGAGAGCGUCGUACGAUUUAGACAUGGCUAAGGGACUUCAUCUUGCAUUCUCUACCAGGAGGCGUUCGAAAUUCGACGAGCAAAACGAAGAGAAGUGCAAAUGGAAGACACGAUGGCAAUCUCAACUAUAA